GCGAUCUUUAAACAUGUCACUGUCGCAGCUUUCGGGCAAUUUAAGCUUGUGGGCAUCUUUGCCGUCAUUCCUUCUUUCUUACUUGUUUUACAGCAUGUUUGAUAAAAGCAACCCUGAAGGAAUUGUUACCGAUACUCAAGUAUUUUUAAAUGAAUAUGAUUUUAUCGUUAUUGGUGCCGGAUCAGCUGGAGCUGUUGUGGCUAGUCGCUUGAGUGAAAUAUCAGACUGGAAGGUUUUGCUACUGGAAGCCGGUGGACAGGAACCUCUCGCAGCCGAUAUUCCCGGUACGGCCGCGGUACUCCAGCGUUCGAAAGUCGAUUGGAAUUAUAGAACGGAACCGCAAUCUGAUGCAUGUCUUGCUUUCAAAGACAACAGAUGCAAUUGGCCACGCGGUAAAGUGAUUGGCGGCAGUUCUGUCCUUAAUUACAUGAUGUACGUCAGAGGAAACAAACGAGAUUACGAUGAAUGGGCUGCAUUAGGCAACGACGGAUGGUCAUACGAUGACGUUCUACCCUAUUUUAUCAAAUCUGAAGACAAUCGUAAUCCGUAUUUGGCGGCUAACAGCAAGUACCAUGGAUCUGGAGGCUACUUAACAGUUCAGGAACCGCCGUUUAAAACGCCAUUAGUCACUGCGUUCGUCGAAGGAGGCGUAGAAAUGGGUUUCGAUAAUUUAGACUUUAAUGGUGCUAAACAAAUAGGUUUCGGCAUUAUACAGGGGACAAUACGAAGAGGAACUCGAUGUUCGACAGCCAAAGCUUUUUUAAGGCCCGUCCGCAGUCGAAACAACCUUCACAUCUCCCUGCAUUCCCAUGUUCACAAGAUUGUUAUUGAUCCAUCAACCAAACAGGCCACAGCUGUACGUUUCGAAAAAAGAGGGAAAAUCUACGAAAUUAAAGUUAAAAAAGAAAUUAUCGUCUCGGCGGGUGGCAUCAACAGCCCGCAAUUGUUAAUGCUGAGUGGAAUUGGCCCAGUUGACCACCUCAACUCGUUUGGCAUUCCUGUUUUAGCCGAUCUUCUAGUGGGUGACAACCUUCAAGAUCACCCUGAAACGGUUGGCCUCGUCUACCGCAUCAACAAGCCUUUCGGGAUGUUGGAAACUCGUUUCUAUAACUUGGCUACGCUGCUCAAUUACACAAUCAACGCUGCUGGACCCAUGUCAAUGUUGGGUGGUAUCGAAGGCGCCGCGUGGUUCAAGACGAAAUACGUACCCACGGAGGAUGGUGACUGGCCAGACGCUGGACUCACUUUUCUUGCAGGGUCGGCAGCGUCGGACAGCGGGCCCGUUCUCCGCGAUAAUUAUGGUUUCAGACACGAUGUUUGGAACGAAUACUAUGCACCUAUAGUUAAUACUGACACAUUGCAGUUCGCACCUUGGUUACUUCGUCCCUUAUCAAGGGGAACUGUCCGGCUGGCCUCGUCCGACCCAUACGCUGCUCCGCUGAUGGAUCCUAAAUACUACAGCGAUCCGAAAGACCUUGAUACGAUGUUGGAAGCAUUGAAAUUUUCAUUAGCUUUGAGUAAAACAGAGGCUUUUCAAAAGCUGGGAAUUAAAGUCUAUGACAAAAUCUUUCCCGGCUGUGAGAGUUUUGUUCCAUGGACGGAUGACUAUUGGCGUUGUUUAAUCCGCUAUACGACAUCUACUGCAUAUCAUCCGUCCGGCACUUGCAAAAUGGGGCCCUCAACAGAUGUCGCCGCUGUCGUUGAUCCUCAGUUGAAAGUGUACGGGAUCAAGGGACUAAGAGUGGCUGAUUGCUCUAUCAUGCCUAAUGUUAUAAGCGGCAAUACCAACGCUCCAGCUAUAAUGAUAGGAGAGAAGGUUUCUGAUUUGAUCAAAGAAUCCUGGCUGCGCAUUUGAAUGGAAAAGACAAAAAUCCUGGCUGCGCAUUUGAAUGGAAAAGAAGGAAGUAUCCUAGCUGGCAGGAUCAUUAGGAG